AUGACGGGCCGGGCGAGGGCGCGCGCAAGAGGACGGGCUCGCGGGCAGGAGACCGCGCAGCAGGUGGGCGCCGCUGGGGGCCGGCAGCCGGGGUGCGGUCAGCUGCGGCCACCGCAGCCGCUGUCCGAGGGGGAGUUAGUUGGCCUUGGACGACAGAGAGGACCAGUAGGAGCAACAGCCAAGUCACAAGAACUCCAGGUUUCUGCUGGAUUUCAGGAGUUAUCCUUAGGGGAGAGAGGAGGUCGUCGCCGAGACUUCCAUGACCUCGGUGUGAAUACAAGACAGAACAUUGACCACGUUAAAGAAUCUAAAACAGGCUCCUCGGGCAUCAUUGUGCGGCUCAGCACCAACCACUUCCGGCUGACCUCGCGCCCGCAGUGGGCGCUCUACCAGUACCACGUGGACUACAACCCGCUGAUGGAGGCCCGCAGGCUCCGCUCCGCUCUGCUCUUCCAGCAUGAAGACCUGAUCGGGAGGUGCCAUGCUUUUGAUGGGACCAUACUGUUUUUACCUAAAAGGCUACAGCACAAGGUGACCGAAGUUUUCAGUCAGACCCGCAACGGAGAGCACGUGCGGGUGACCAUCACGCUCACGAACGAGCUCCCGCCCACGUCGCCCACCUGCCUGCAGUUCUACAACAUCAUCUUCCGGAGGCUGCUGAAGAUCAUGAAUCUGCAACAGAUUGGGCGGAACUACUACAACCCCAGCGACCCCAUCGACAUCCCCAAUCACAGGUUGGUGAUCUGGCCCGGCUUCACGACCUCCAUCCUGCAGUACGAGAACAGCAUCAUGCUGUGCACGGACGUCAGCCACAAGGUGCUGCGCAGCGAGACCGUCCUCGACUUCAUGUGCAGCCUGUACCAGCAGACGGAGGAGCACCGGUUCCAGGAGCAGGUGUCUAAGGAGCUCAUAGGCCUCAUCGUCCUCACCAAGUACAACAAUAAAACAUACAGAGUUGACGACAUCGACUGGGACCAGAACCCGAGCAGCACCUUUAAGAAGGCGGACGGCUCCGAGGUCAGCUUCCUGGAGUACUACCGGAAGCAAUACAACCAGGAAAUCACGGACCUGAAGCAGCCGGUGCUGGUCAGUCAGCCCAAGCGGAGGCGGGGCCCCGGCGGCUCGCUGCCCGGGCCCGCCAUGCUCAUCCCCGAGCUCUGCUACCUCACAGGUCUGACGGAUAAGAUGCGUAACGACUUCAGCGUGAUGAAGGACCUCGCGGUGCACACGAGGCUGACGCCCGAGCAGCGGCAGCGGGAGGUGGGGAGGCUCAUCGAUUACAUCCACAAAGACGAUAACGUUCAGAGGGAGCUUCGAGACUGGGGCUUGAGCUUCGACUCCAACCUGCUGUCCUUCUCGGGGAGGAUUCUGCAAGCGGAGAAGAUUCACCAAGGCGGGAAGACAUUCGAGUACAACCCCCAGUUCGCCGACUGGUCCAAAGAAACGAGGGGCGCGCCGCUGAUCAGCGUGAAACCCCUGGACAACUGGCUGCUGGUCUACACUCGGAGAAAUUACGAGGCGGCCAACUCGCUGAUACAAAACCUGUUCAAAGUCACGCCGGCCAUGGGCAUACAAAUGAAAAAAGCAAUAAUGAUCGAAGUGGACGACAGAACCGAAGCCUAUUUACGGGUCUUGCAGCAGAAGGUCACGUCGGACACCCAGAUAGUUGUCUGCCUGUUGUCGAGUAAUCGGAAAGACAAAUACGACGCUAUUAAAAAGUACUUGUGCACAGACUGCCCCACCCCCAGCCAGUGUGUGGUGGCGCGGACGCUGGGCAAGCAGCAGACGGUCAUGGCCAUCGCCACGAAGAUCGCCCUGCAGAUGAACUGCAAGAUGGGCGGGGAGCUGUGGAGAGUGGACAUGCCCCUGAAGCUGGUGAUGAUCGUCGGCAUAGACUGCUACCACGACACCACGGCUGGGAGGCGGUCCAUCGCGGGGUUUGUCGCGAGCAUCAACGAAGGCAUGACCCGCUGGUUCUCCCGCUGUGUGUUUCAAGACAGAGGACAGGAGCUGGUGGACGGGCUCAAAGUCUGCCUGCAAGCCGCGCUGCGGGCCUGGAACACCUGCAACGAGUACAUGCCCAGCCGCAUCAUUGUGUACCGCGACGGCGUGGGCGACGGCCAGCUGAAGACGCUGGUCAACUACGAGGUGCCGCAGUUCCUGGACUGCCUCAAGUCCGUGGGCCGGGGCUACAACCCCAGGCUGACGGUGAUCGUGGUGAAGAAGCGCGUGAACGCCAGGUUUUUUGCUCAGUCGGGAGGACGGCUUCAGAAUCCACUUCCCGGAACAGUCAUCGACGUGGAGGUCACCCGCCCGGAGUGGUACGACUUUUUUAUCGUGAGCCAGGCGGUGAGAAGCGGCAGCGUCUCCCCCACGCACUACAACGUCAUCUACGACAACAGCGGCCUGAAGCCGGACCACGUCCAGAGGCUGACGUACAAGCUGUGCCACGUCUACUACAACUGGCCCGGUGUCAUCCGCGUCCCCGCGCCGUGCCAGUACGCGCACAAGCUGGCCUUCCUGGUGGGCCAGAGCAUCCACCGGGAGCCGAACCUGUCCCUGUCCAACCGCCUGUACUACCUCUAG